ACCUACCGACCGAGGAGACAGCCGUAUUCGAUCGCGGUUGGUCGUCGUAAACCCGGAAACGAAGCGUGUGCGCGUCUCCGUUCAGUCCGUUCGGCGAGAGCUUGUCGCGCGGUAGUAAGAGAGAGAGAGAGAGAGAGCGCGGCGGUGCGAGCGCGAGCGCGAGCGCGAGCGUGAGCGUGAAUUUAUCGCGGAGUCACUCUCGAGCUCUCCUCGAGCUUCCGUUAGAGACGCGCGCGCGUCCCGACGUCGCUACGCAUAUGUAUGACGUGUGCAUCGCAGAGAGCGCGAUACGUUGGUCGGCGUGUUCACGUUGAAAUGAGAAAGUCGUAGCCGCUGCGCUGAGAGGAUUGGGAGCGACGACGCACGCGAGCGAGCCAGCCAGCGAGCCAGCCAGCCAGACGGACGGACAAUUCCCGUACUAAGCGGAGGUACGGAGAACGAAGGCAGCGACAGUAACAGCGGUACGUUGAGCCGAGCGUACACGGAGAGUCGAGCCCGCUCAUCUACCUGCCUGUACUUACGAGCGUAGCGAAAAAUGAAUUUCACGCCUUUCCCCGGAUUCACCAACCCGCUGCCGACCGGCACCGUUCAUCAAUUCACCACUGCAAAAUUCGCGCAGAACCUUACCACUGGCGGACAGGUGGUUGGAGUGUUAUCUGGUGGUGAAGGUGGAGUUCAUUAUUUGAGGCCGGUCGAUCCGAAUGGUUUCGCCGUCGCCCAGAGCGGUAAUAAUCAACAACAGCAGAUUAUUACCUUGCCCAUCACUGUCCCGGGAAAAGAUGGCACGCAGCAACAGCAAACUGUCCAGAUACAAGUGGUGAAUCCUAGCGUGUCUCAAAGCGGAAAUAGCGGCGAUCAGCCAAAGUAUCACUUGGCACCGAUAUCCUUGAGUCAGUUCCCGCAGGGAGCAGCCACUGUUCUCACCGUCGCCUACAGUCAGCAGGGCGCGGAUGGUGUCCAGAUCCAGGUACAACCGCAAAACACCGUAGCGACUACGCAAACGUCCGAUCAAACGACACAAAGCACGUCCACCGCCGUGACCACCACGUCUCAACAGACGAUUCAGCAGACGGUGCAACUUCCGGGAGCGCCCGAGGGUCUGACCGUAGUCGCUCAGAUACCACAGGACUUGAUUCUGCGGGAAAGCAUAGAGGAGUCCAAGGAAGAUGUCAAGGAGGGCACGACCCCCGUGGCUCUUAUUAAACGAGGCAGUGUCAAGAGUCAAGGUAAUCAGAGCGGGGACGACUUCAUUGGUUCCGUGCCUAGCAGCUGGCAGAGUCUCGCUACUCCAGGAUCCACGGUAGCGGAUUAUCUCUCUAGACUGCCCGCGAGUACUUUGCCCCUUAGCUUGCAACAUUUUCUCAAGUUCUCGGCGGAAACUAUCAAGAGGGAAGCAACCAUUGAAUCGAGUCCCCUCGGAGCGGAUGGCCUUGACGCUUCCGGUAGCACAGCUUCGGGAGAGCAAGCUGUGCAAAUUACUGUUGCCGGAGGAGAAACGGCCAUCAUUCCCGACGUUGUCGAAGAGCAGGAAGCAGGAGCGAAACCGAAGCGGAAAAAGAAAUACAAAAAGAAACCACCAAAGCCGAAGAAACCCAAGCCAGGACAAGUGAGCAUAGUUACCGCUCUCGAUGGCACCACCCUAUUUUGCUGUCCUCAAUGUAACAUGGCAUAUCCGGAAAAGGAGAGUUUGGAACAGCAUCUGAUUGGGCACAAAAUAGAGAGGAGAUUUAUAUGCGACAUUUGCGGCGCCGGUCUUAAACGGAAGGAACAUUUGGAGCGGCACAAAUUAGGUCAUAAUCCCGACAGGCCUUUCAUCUGUACCGUUUGCAUGAAGGGUUUUAAACGAAAAGAACACUUGAAUCUUCAUUUUGUCAUACAUUCUGGACAAAAGACCGAAGUUUGCACCGAAUGCGGCAAAGCGUUCUAUCGAAAGGACCAUCUUAGAAAGCACGCGAGAUCUCACCUUACCAAGCGUGCCAAGGAGGAUCCAUUGAAUACGACCAACGAUGCGACGCAGAAUCAACAGCAGGCGGACCAACAACAACAAGUGGAACAGAUACAACAACAGUCGUCGGUACCCGAGUUGCAGCAAAUUCAAAUACAAGUGGGACAAGGAUCUCAAGCGCAGAUUCAUCAAAUAUCCGUUAGUGAGCAGUCUACCGUAGUGUUGCCUACAGCGGCUGAAACUGGAGCUAUGACAAUGCUUCAUCAUCAACAGCAGCAGCAGCAACAGCAGCAGCAGCAGUCGCAGCAACAGCAACAACAGCAGCCGCAGCAACCGUCGCAGCAGCAGCAGCAGCAGCAGCAGCAACAACAACAUUACCGAUUUGUUGGGAUCCAAAGUCCUCGCGCCAUCAGCGGCUUGAUGAACCUUAAUCACGGCACAAUAAGCUCGCCACGAGCCAACCCGCCUUGCCCGCCUUACCCGCCUUACCCGCCUUACCCGCCUACUGGCCCGCCGCCACCGCCGCCACUGCCGCAGCAGGCAGCAGUAGCAGCAGCAGCAGCAGCAGCAGCAACGUAUUCGUCAGUGUGGUGGCGUGGUGCGUGCCUACUGACGCGCUUCUGUCUUCUGUCUCUCGUCCUCGCUAUCUCCUUCCCAUUCUCUUUCUCUCUAACGUAUCCUCUCGCGUGCGAGAAAAAUCUGCCCCCCCCCCCUCCGGAAAGGAUCCGGUACGGAAACACGGCGAGGAAACAUGGGGAGAGGGACAUCGUUGUACAGGAAUUCCUCUUACGGUCUGCAAUGAAUUUCCCGCCGUUCGGAGGUCACUUCCCUAGUGCUAUACCGAGUAUCCAUCAAUUCGCGACCGAUAGCUCCAGUGGGGCAGGCGCGCGUUACGCCAAUCAUUUUCCCAACCAGCCUCCGAUCGGAGUGCCGGUUGUGGGAAAAUACCGUCCCGAAAACAACGGCGUACAAUCCGCUCAAUCGCAAGUGAUGAUGAACAAUAAGGCUAGCUAUCCCAGCAGUAAUGUUCACCAUUAUCCAAACGUACCGUACUCUCAAGCCCAGUCGGUUCAACAACGACCAACCAACUCGCCUGGAAUGCAAGAGAAACGAUCGUAUCAUCAGCAAUCCACGGAAACGAUAAAUCAACAAGACGUUUGCAACCUUCUUCAAGACAAGGACAAGGCCAAGGAAAAGAAGGCUGAGGAGCAGCAGCGCAACGGAGAGACCACGACGAAUGGCGCUCAACAGGAUUACACGAUGCACCAGCAUCACCAACAGCACGCUCAUACUCAAACGCCAGCCAGCAUGCCCGCAACGUGGCAGUCGCUCGCGACUCCUGGUUCCACCGUAGCCGAUUACCUCAGCCACUUGCCAGCCAGCACUUUGCCGCUGAGUUUACACCAUUUUCUGAAAUAUUCUGCCGAAAGUAUCAAAAAGGAGUCGGAGAUGGCGCAAACGACCUCGGUGGCUGUGGCGACUACGACAACGCCCAAUAUAAUGAUGUCGCCGAAUAAUAAAAAGAAGAAAAAGAAGAAGACACCGAAAGAGAAGAAGCCGCGUCCGAAGCCUGGCGAGAUUCGUCUAACCACAGCGCUGGACGGCUCGACGUUGUACUGUUGUCCGGAAUGCCACAUGGCGUAUCCGGAACGAGAAUUGUUGGAGCAACACCUACUAGGUCACACUUUAGAGAGACGAUUCGUCUGUGACAUAUGUGGCGCUGGCUUGAAACGAAAGGACCAUCUUACGCGUCACAAGCAGAGCCACAAUCCUGAACGACCUUACGUUUGCACCGUUUGCUUGAAGGCUUUCAAGAGAAAGGAACAAUUGACGCUACAUUUUGUAAUACAUUCUGGGGAGAAGCGACACGUGUGCACCGAAUGCGGCAAAGGGUUUUAUCGGAAGGAUCAUUUACGAAAACAUACCAGAAGUCACAUCGCGAGAAGAGUGAAGGCUGAAUUGAGUCAAAACGCCGGCACGCAACAGAAUCAACAACAAAACAACGUAUCGAAUAUGCAAACCACAACCGUCUCGGCGUCGUCCGUUCUUCCGGGUGGACAUCCAGGUCCCCUCCUGUCCUGAGCCCCGCCACCAGGGAACUUCCAGGUUCCCCAUCCAAAUAACAUUCUUCAUACUCAUACGUCGCAUCAUUCGCUGCACCAUCAUCAUUUAACGGCGGUAAAUGUAGCACAUCAAUCGAGCGUCGCCCCGCUUGCUACAUCUGGUCAUUAUCAGUCGCACGAGCUUAGCUUUUUGGGACACGUUAAGGAUUUCUGAGACGAGGAGAGGACCUCGGCCAAGAGGUAACACCAAGACGCUAACCGAUUGUCACUAUCGUCGUCGUCGUCGCCGUCGCCGUCGUCGUCGUCGGCUAUGACGAUGAGGAGUAACUCUGAGACUGAUCCAUGAUUUGAAUUGAGUGAAAUUUAAUAUAUAAACCUUUUUUUUAA